AUGGGCCCUGAAUUGGAGGUGAAACCAAAGUCGGGAGCUGCUAUGGAAGUUUCAGUUGCUAAGGAUGGAACUACCCAUCAUGACGUAGUCGUAGACGAUAAGUUUAUGCCUUGUGUAAGUAACUACAAAGAUAAUAUCUUGGAAAUGGAAGAAACAUUGGUUGGACAAACUACUGCCUCAAAUAAAAGGGAGAAUGCGGAGCUAAACAGAACUGGUGGUACAAGUCCUGAUGAUGUUCAGAUUCCUGAAGGUGAAUGUGGGGAUUUGACAGAGAAUUCGAGUUCUUUUGGUGAUACAAUUUCUGGGACAGUGGAUGGUUCAACGUUGGAUGGUGACGAAGCUGAUUCACAGUUAGGUGAAAAUGAGCACGCUUCAGUAUAUGAUGGAUAUUUUGGUGCAUUUCAAACAAGGAAGAAAAAGUUGACCCCCGAGUGGAGGAAUUUUAUACGUCCUGAAAUGUGGCGGCUUAAAUGGCUGGAACUGCAGAUUAAGGAACUUCUGUCCCAGACCCAAAAGUAUGAUUCCGAACUUGCAAAGUAUGACAAAGAAAAGCUGUCUGCAUUUGAGGGCUUCACAUCAGAAGGUUUUGAUGCAAUGCCAACACCAAAGUUGAUGAAAAGGAAGAAAAGAAAGAGAGUUGAAGAUACUACUGACAUAGCAUCGUAUAUGUCACACCAUAAUCUGUUCUCCUAUGUUCCAGAAAGUAAGAAGACUGCUGCUAAUGGUGUUUGCAUGCAGGAAGACUGGGGUGAUCUCGGAGGUAAAACUAGUAAUGGCCAUAAUGAGUUUGAGACAAAUGAUAUAUGGUCAUCUCUCGAGUUCAGAGAUGGUAAUAGUUCCUUGGAAGAUAUUCUUUGGAAGAUUGAAGUGGUACAUUCACAAGUAUGGCAGUUGAAGACUCGAAUUGACAAGGUCGUGCAGGAAAAUCCUGGGAACUUUUCUGCUAACCAUUUCCUAGUACCAUGUGAUACAUCGAAUGGCUCUGCUCAAAAUCCUGCUUCUCCUCCUGAAAAUGGAAAUACAUUACUAUUGGAAACUUUAUCCACUGCAUCUCAGCAUGUCAAGUUUAACAUUGGAAAUCUAUUUUUACCUCAGAGUGCAGUUUCAAGUCAUGAAGAGCUGACCCCUCUUCCUGGUAUGAUUGGAAAUACAGAUCAGCCUUGGCUUGGCAAUGUACUUGAAAAUGUUGAGGAUGGGUACCUUAUACCUAAUGCUGCUGUCAAGGAUGAGCCAUAUAAUUUUGAAGUUAAAGAUCAGCUCAUCCAGAAGCCUCACAUAUCACUUGAAGAGCAGGAAACCAAUUUUCCUGUUCCGGUAUCAGAAACUGAGUUGCCCACAGACUUACCUGUUCCGGUUUCGGAAACUGCAUUGCCGACAAGUUCCAGUGUACCUAAUGCAACUCAUGAAUCAGAUUCCACCACCAGGACUAAUUUCCGUUGGAACACAAGAAAUCGAGGGAGGAGAAAACCUGGCUCGUAUGCAUAUAAGUUGAGCCGGAAAUCGUAA